AUGUUCAAUAGAUCCUCUGGAAGCAGUAUUGUGGUUUCAGAGAAGAGCCAUUGCUCGAGUGGCAUGAAUGCAGAAACACAGAAGUUGUCCUUUAAUUUCUUUGUGCAGAUUGUGGAGCCUCUUUUAUUGAAAAUUAAUACUUAUAGUCAAGCAAAACUAGAAUUUGGACCUUCUUUGUUGGAAAUGCAUUGUGCACUCAAAGCUACCAACAAUAUACUUGCCAGCUUUAUCCAUGAAAAUGUAUACAUACGAAUGGAGGAUACGUCCGAAGGAGCUUGUGUUAAUUUCCUGAGGGUGGUUUAUGAUAUGACUAUGUCAGUUUCUGCCAAAACUAUUGAACUAUGGCCAUCAAAUUUUGUUUCAAAUGAAGGAACAUAUAAGGAGGCUUUGCAUCUAAUAGCCAGGGAGCUUAUUGUUGUUCUACGUUGCUUACUGGAAAUUGACUAUGAGGUUUUUGAGGAUGAUCUGGAGACCUUAUGGAUUAUGAUCUUCUCAUAUGCGACUCAUGGCCUGUCUUUGGCUGAUGGACCUGAUGAGUCCUUGUUAACUUCAAAUACAAUUCACCUUGGAUGUCAGCUGGUUAAUCUCUACAGUGAACUUCGACAGGUGAAUAAUAUUAUUUUUGCGCUAUGCAACGCAGUGAGGCGUCUGGCAUUACCUAUCAGGAAUGGUGAAACAUGUACACCUCAGUACCCUUAUGUAGCAUAUGCAGAAUCACUGAGAACGGUAUUAUGCUCACUUGAAUUGAGGCUGUCCAUUUAUAAUGCUAUUAGAUCUAUACCGGAAGGUCAAGCGAGUGGAUUCAUUCGCCAGUUAACAUCAGAUAUUUCAGAAUCCCUGGAAUGGAUGAAAGGUAAGUGUUCAUUGGCUGCUGGAAACGAAGAUUUGAAACCAUCUGUAAGUAGUUAUAGCUUGCCAUGUAACAAUUUGCAAGCAGAACUUCUGGGAAGAGCUCUGUCUGAAGUGUAUAUCGUAAUUUUGGAUUCAAUGAUUGUCACCACCGGCAAUAGUAAUCUUGUCAGUGUUGCAGUGAAGGAUCUGAUGGCAGUGAUUCGUCCUAGUAUGAGUAGUCUGGUUGCACUGGAGCCCGAUAGUGUUACCAAGUUCUUGUUUAUGGUUAUAGGAAGAACUUACAAUCAGGGGACUGGAGUCAAAUUUGAUUUUCAGUCCACUCACUGGAUUUUUAUAUUCUUCUUUCGGCUCUACAUGUCCUGCAGAAGCUUAUACCGGCAAACAAUCAGUCUUGUGGCCCCAGAUACAUCCAAAAAGAUGUCAGAAAUUAUCGGUGAUACAUUAACAGCAUACUCUGGAAGGGAUUGGUUGGAGAGGACUGUUUGGGCUGAUAAAGGUUAUUUCUCUUGGAUUAUCCAACCUUCAGCUUCUCUUCUUACCGUUAUACAAGCCGUUUCAGACAUCUAUCUUCACGACCCUGUUGCAGAUUGCUCCCCCCUAAUAUAUGUAUUGAAUGUCAUGGCUCUCCAGAGGCUUGUCGAUUUGAAUAGACUGAUAAAAUCAUUUGAAUAUUUGCUGCGGAGGAAUACUCAUCUUGUUCAGACAAAAUCAACAGACGACGCUGAGUUGUCAAUGCAUCUUAAGAAAGGUAGAAAGUGGGAAAGGUGUGUCUCAAAUCUGAGGCAAGAGGCGACAGGUCUGACCAAUUUCAUGAUGGAGUACCUCCCGUUAGUGGCUAAAGAUGCAUGGGAUUUUAGUUUUGGUUCAGUUAAUGAAAAGUCAUUGACUUCUGCCAUCUGGUGGAUUCUUUGUCAAAAUCUUGAUGUUUGGUUCACUCAUGUUUCGAAGAAAAAGUUGAAGAUGUUCCUCUCAGUUUUAAUCCAGAAUUCUCUUCCCUGUUUGAGCAGUGGUUUGGAGGACUUAGGAAAGCAUAACAUCAGUAAACAUGGUCAUCUGAAGAAAGUCACUGCACAUCAAAUCUCAUUGGAACUUCUGAGCAACACUCUUCUAUAUGAACAAAGAGUAAGAUGA